AUGGCAGAUUCCUACUUGUGCUGUCUGUGUGCCGAUGUUCUCAGAGACCCUGUGACCAUUCCGUGUGGGGAUGUAUUCUGCAGGGAGUGCAUCAAGGCCUACUGGGACCAAAUGGAUCACGGGGCUGUCUACAGUUGCCCCCAGUGCCGUGCGACCUUCACUCCUCGUCCUGUCCUGCGCCGCACCGUGCCUAGCGUCUCAUCCCGAGAACUUCAGUCGCCCCUAACGGAGCUCAGACCCUUCCCGGAUCUCAACCGGGAGUCACUGUGCGAUUUCUGCACCGGUCGCAGGAACCGGGCCGUCAAGUCGUGCCUGGUUUGCUUGGCGUACUACUGCGAGACUCACAUCAAGCCGCACUACGAGUCGGCCACGUUCAAGCGGCACAAACUGGUGGACGAGACCGGUAACCUGGACCGCAAGAUCUGCCCCCAGCACGAGAAGAGCCUGGAGCUGUUCUGCCGCUCCGACCAGAUGUGCAUCUGCGUGCUCUGUACGGUAAGGGAGCACCGCGGCCACAACUCGGUCAGCGCCGAGGAGGAGCGCGCCAACAAGCAGAAAUUGCUGGUGGUGACCCAGUCUGAGGUCCAACACAUUAUCCAGGACCGGAUGAAGGAGCUGCAGGAGCUCAGGCACAACGUCGAGGUUCUCAAGGAUAAUGCUAACCGGGCCCAAACAGCCAGCGAUAAGAUCUUCAGUGAGAUGCUGCAGUCUGUGGAGCGCUGGCAUGCUGAGAUCUGCCAGCUCAUUCAGGCUAACCUGCAGGCUGCCAUGGUCCAGGCUGAGAGCUACGUGGAGCGGCUGGAGCAGGAGAUCCUGGAGCUGAAGCGUCGAGACGCGGAGCUGCGGCAGAUGCUGGACACGGAGGACAACAUCCACUUUCUACAAAACUUUCCGGAGCUGUACGUAGCACCGGAGCCCAUGUUGCCCAAGGUCACCAUCAACCAAGAGUUCUCGUUCAGCGAGGUCACAAAGACCGCGACUGAUAUAAAAUUACAUCUGGACAACAUCUGCAAGAAAGAGAUGGGCAGCGUGUCCAAGAAAGUGAGUGACAUCCCGGUUUACGUGCUCAUUCCCAGGCCUGGUGGCUACCACAAAGUACCACCACCACCACCACCUCCAUCUGAUCUUCAUGAGCCUAAAAUCAGAGUGGACUUUCUCAGGUACGCAGUGAGACUCACCUUUGACCCCAACACAGCCUAUAAGGAGCUGGUCCUGUCGGACGGGAACCGCAGGGUCGUCCGGAAACGCUCGGUCCAGUUUUACCCGGAGCACCCGGAACGCUUCGACAGAUUCUGUCAGGUCCUUUGUGCAGAACCACUGAGCGGGUCCCGCUAUUACUGGGAGGCGGACUGGAGGGGUGAGUUCUCCGUGGGCGUGGUCUACAAGAGCAUCCCGCGCAAGGGCAAGAACUCGCACUGCCUCCUCGGCUACAACGACCGCUCCUGGAGCCUCCUGUGCUCCGACUCCGGGUACUCGGCCUGGCACGGCAGGGUGGACCAGGACCUGCCGGGCGCCACCAGAGCCGCGAGGAUCGGCGUGUUCCUCGAUUACCCCGCCGGCUCCGUGUCCUUCUACGCUGCCUCGGAAAACAUGGAGCUGGUUCACAGGUUCCAGGCCAGGUUCUCAGAGCCGCUGUACGCCGGGUUCGGGGUCGGGGACUCGGUCACGCUGUGUCCGCUGCAGAGGACCGUACAGACGUACCACUGAGGGGGCGCGGAGGC